AUGCCUUUUCUCCAGUGGACACGCCCGCGUCGCCAUGGUGCUGCUCGAAGCCACGUGGAACACUCGUCUACAGACGACACUAACACUGUAUCGAGUGUGAUUAUAUCAGUGUCGGUACGCACCCCUUCCGGGCUGCACCCAGCGCAGCUCGCAUCGUUCCCCGUCAGACCAUAUCCCAUUGAACGCGUUCCUCCUCCUGCUCCUUCUCCUCGCUGCCUUCCACCUGCCGACCACUCCCAUGGCGGCGCUACUGGGAAGGGGAAACCUGGGGGGCUCGCAUUGGCGAGCAAGGAGUGCACGGUGUGUUUGAGUGACUGUAACGAAGGGGAGCUGGUUCGCGCUUUGCCCUGCGCGCAUCGGUUCCACGUCAGCUGCAUCGACCACUGGCUUGCUGCCACGACCACCUGCCCCAUGUGCCGAACGGACCUCAGGGCUGCACCGUUGGAUCAUCAUCUCAAUCACUUCAAACCAUCAGCCUCAUUGCUCUGCCUGCCUGACAAGGCCACAACUUAG